GUGGCGCAGGUAGUGAAGUCUGAACUGCGUGUCUGUAGGUCUUCGUGUUACUACAUUAAUAUGAUUGUCAUGGCGUGGUUUUUUUUUUGCAGUAUCUUGGUUCCUUCCCGGCUUGUUUCAGUAUACAGGACAGCUCUCGGUAAAGUACCAUCAGUGUAAGUCCAGUUAGGAAUUUACGGAACUUUUCCAGCAGCGUCGCCGUUAACCGACACGACAGCCGAUUUCCAGAUGAUGUCCUCGUUCAGGAUUUGUCUCUGCACUUCAUCCCAACUCUCAGUGAGACGACGUCUUCAGUGAUCCAGUAGCAGUAAAUGAUGUUUGGAGGAGAAUCUUUGACAGCUGCACCAUUGCUGAUACUUCUGAUGAAUAUCUUCAGAGGACAAACCCUUACAUGUCAUCGAUCAGAGUACAUGAUAGGAGACGAGUGCUGUCCCAUGUGUCCUCUAGGAAGUCGAGUUAAAACAGAUUGCACUGAGUUCAGAAGCACUUCCUGUCUGCCCUGCUCUGAGGGAACCUUCAUGAAUCAUCCAACUGGACUUAAGCAAUGUUUUGCCUGUACAAGCUGUGCUGCAGGUUCUGGUUUGAAAAUAAAGACGUCAUGUGCAGCAACAUCAGAUACAGUUUGUGAACCUCUGGAAGGAUUCUACUGUUUGGACCCUACAGUGGAAGGCUGCACGACAGCACAGAAACACACAAGGUGUCAACCAGGACAAUACGUCAGACAAAAAGGAACAGCAUUAACAGACACUGUGUGCUCUGACUGCACUGGUGAAACAUAUUCAGAUGGAACGUUUCCAUCCUGUCUGCCACACAGACAAUGUGAAUCAGAGAAUCUUCAGCUGAUAAAACCAGGAACUGUUUCAACUGAUGCUGAGUGUGGAGAACAAAGUUCAGACAGGACAACAAUUAUAAGCAUCAUAUCUGCUGUUGUGGUGGUGCUUUUUUUAGUAAUUGUGAUACUUGUAAUUUAUUGUGUCAGAAAGAAGAAAAGAAAUCCAAACAAAGCAGAAAGAAGAGAAAAUGCAGAAAAACGGGUAAGUUUUAUACUCUGCACUUUUAUUAGCAGGUCUGUUUCACUGUAUGGAAAAUAGUACUGGGGGGGUCACAGGACACACUUUUCAGACUCAAAGUAACAACCCCUGUUUUUGUUCUUAAACUCUGUUUUUGUGUUUAAUCUUUAUUGUUGUCUUGUUUUUACUGUUAUAUUUUUGGCACUCACUGUGACAAACAUCAUUUUGAUCCCUCCAUACGUCCCGUACAUAUGGUGUCAAUAAAUAAAGUUGACUUUGACUUGAGCUAGCAGCAAAACUAGCGAAUAACUCAGACCAUCGGAGGGAAAGUGAGACAGAUCCAGAAAUCUGUCAUAUUGUCAUUUAUUUCCAGGCUCACUCCUGUGUUCCCACCCUCCUCUGACUUCCUCCACACACAGAAGCUAAAGCUGUUCGUCUUCAUGUCUACAGUAAAUGUCAGUGUGAUGUGUGUUCACAGUACAUUUCAAUAAGGAACAAUGCUGAUCACAUGUCUCACAAAGAAAAGCGUCCUGCAGUUCAGAAAUCAGAUACACAGAAGCUCCACUUCCACCUCAGAGCUGUGCAUCGGUGCAGCAUUCUCUCCAUCACCUGGCUGGAGAAACCAGAACAGUACCAGCUGUAAUUUGGCAAAGUCUCCAAUAGCUCUGCCGUCGGCUUAUUAACUUCAUGGAAGAGAACGAUGGACACUUUGACAGAACUGAAAAAUUAGACUCUGCAGACCUGCAGGCUUUAUUGAUCUUCUCUGGUGGUCACACACAGCUCACAGUUGGAUCUGGACAACAGACAGACUGAAACUGGACUUUAUCUGUUAUAAACCAGAACAAACUGCUGGAACAGAGGACAGUGGAGAAGUGUCUUUAGGUCCAACAUGAUGGGACAAAGGGUUGCUUUAAUCAAAAGCAAAGAUGGAUGGUGUGCACUGUCCAUGUACAACCCCAGGUGGGUAUAUGUGCUGGACAAAAGUGGGAAAUAGUCAAAUGAGGUCAUCCACAAGUUGAAUAUUUCAAGUUUCAGAUGGAUUCAUGAGGCAUUAAAAGGCCCUUUAUGGUUGACAUUAAACUCCUAGGAGCUGAUAAUAUUCAGCAUGUGGACUGUUUUUAUCCUGUAAAUGAGUUCAAAUUGUAACUGCUGACUCAGCUACCUGAUGAAAACAACAUGAGGUGUGAAGUUUGAGGUGUUUUACAGACAGUAAUGACUUUUAGUAUUAGUCAAACGCAUUGUGUAUCAAGGUAUUUGCUGUACAUUUGUCCUGAAGCUACUCUGAGUAAAUGUGCUGAUGUUGUGCUUGUUGGUUUAAACAUCUACAAUACACAGUUUUUGAGUCGAAAGCACGAACCACAGACCGCGAUUUGAACAGCGCUGGAUGUGUGACGCGUGAACUACAGGAAGAGGACAGAAACUACAGACGCCAGAACAGCAGAGUUCCUCAAAGAAAGAAGAAUAAAGAUCAUGGACGACCUGACACAAAAAACCAGGGAAUCCAGGAAUCAGCUGUGGCCGCAGGUAGAGAGGGCGAGGAAAGAGGGGAGGAAAGCCGGCUUCAGAGGAGUGCACGCCUACAUCGGUGGUAUCAGAGUCACAGCCAAGGACAUGUAACAUGUCUUCUUCUGUCGUAUUCAUCUCUUUUUUUCUCUCCUCAAUAAUGCUGCAGCCAUUGGCUGGCUACAUUUUUUUGAGACUACCCACAACUUUUUGCUUUUUCUUGUUUAGUUUCUUCUCUCUCAGAGAGCAGUAACAACAUUUUCUCAUGUCUUAGUUGCUCUCUCUCUAGAGUUUUUCUAAUAGAUUAGCUUGCCUACUGAAAAUAUUGUUUUGAUUUUUGUUUCCUCAGAGAGAAAUGUAGAGAGGUAAAUGCGGUCUGAUCUGCUGCAGCAGCAUCUGCUCUCAACCCAGAGAGAGCAACAGCUCCUCAAAUCCUAAGAGAGGAUUUUGAGUGGUUUUGCUUUUUCAGUCUUAGUUAUUUUGUAUGUUAGUUUUCUUUCUGUUAAUGUCAGGGGUAUUAGAAAUCAUUUAAAGAGAGAGUUUAUUUUUAUAUUGCCAGAAUAAAUGUGCAGAUUUUUUUCUUUAUCCAAGAAACUCAUUGUAGUAGCCGUUUGUCCAAGCAACAAAAAAUUUCAAACCAAACUUCAAAUCAUAAAAAGUCAAAGGGCCACUGCUGCACCAUGGGUUUGUGGUGUACGCGGAUGGGAAAAACGUAAUGUCCAAACAAAUAUUAAAUUUCAACAAAAAAACGUUGUUUAUUUAACCAAACAGCGAGCAAGCAAAGAACAAAGACAUUCCACAGUGCCUCUCCCGCUCCGGUAAAAAACCAUUUGCCCACCCAGGUGCAUGCUGGUCCCUUACCGUAGCCCUACUUAUAUCAUCGGGUGCCCCCCUAACGUGCCCAAAUGAAACAAAACCACAAAUGACAAACAAGAAAACACCUAUACUAAACAAAUAAACAGAAUACUAACAGAAAUCUAAUCAUAAUGAAAUCAAAUAAAUUGAUUCAGAAUGAUCAAAUCUAAAUACUAACAAAACUAAAUACUAAACUACACAACACUAAAUACCAAUAAAUAAAUAAAUAGCUCCAACACUCCGGACCCUAAUUGUGCAUUAAAUCACAAUUACUUUAAUUUCUCAAAGGGGCUAUACCCUCAACCAAACCUGUGACUGAACAUAGUAUGUCAUGCAUUAGCUUCAGUUCACUUUCUUCUUUGUGGUGAACCUGCAACAACAAAAGAAGGGGGGGGGGGGUCCAUGGUCACACUCCCGCUUCCAGCAGCAGACAGAGCUUCGUCACAGGCCUCUCCAGAAUGCUGGUCUUAGUUCGAAGGCGCACAGAGCGCGCCAGGCCCUUUGCAUCUGCUCUCACAUCCAAGAUUUUCCCCAUCAGCCAAGAUCCUCUUGGAGCUGCAGCAUCUGCUACGAGGACGAUGUCUCCAGGAAUGAGAUUCAUUCUUGGCCUUGUCCAUUUCUGUGUCUCUUGCAUCAUAGGUAGAUAUUCAGAAAUCCAUCUCUUCCAAAAGAGUUCUGUCAUGUACUGUAUUUGCUUCCACCUUUUCCUGAUGUAGAGAUCACUGUGAUCAAACAAUCCUGGUGGCAUGAUUGGCUUGCCCUUUAACAUCAGAAUGUAAUUAGGUGUGAGCGCCUCUAGGUCAUCAGGGUCAUCAGAGACUUUUGUGAGAGGUCUGUCAUUCAAUAUGGCGUCAGCCUCACAGAAAACAGUUUGGAGCCCUUUAUCGUCCAGAACUUGCUGUUUGACAACUGAAGUUAGAACACUUUUCACUGAACGAAUCAGGCGCUUCCAAACACCACCAUGAUGUGAAGCUGCUGGUGUGUUAAAGCUCCACUUUAUGCCAUCCUGGACCAAAGAUCUCUGAAUUUUGCCAUGAUUUAAACCAGCCAGACUUUCUUUCAGCUCCCAGUUGGCUCCAACGAAGUUUGUGCCAUUAUCAGACCUGAUGGUAGAAACUGGGCCUUGUCUACAGAUGAACCUCCGGACAGCGUUUAUACAGGAAUCUGUAUCCAGUGUAUAUGCCCCCUCCAAAUGUACAGCACGACUGGUCAGGCAGGUGAAAAGCACGCCACACCUUUUAAGAAGACUUCUCCCUCUUUUAACAUCGAUGGGCCCAAAAUAGUCUACUCCAACAUCUGUAAAAGGGGCUCUAUCGGGCAACACUCUUUCCUCAGGCAGGUCUGCCAUCUUCUGUUCAAUAAGUUUUCCUCUGUUGUGUCUGCAAACAACACAGUCGGAUAUGACUUUCCUUGCAGCAGAGUUUGCAUUCAUGAUCCAGUACUUCUGCCGCAGCCUGGACGGCAUGUGAUUUCUUCCUGCAUGUCCCAGUUGAUGAUGAAUAUGGCGCAGAAUCAGUACGGAUACAUGCAGAUCUUUCGACAAAAUGACUGGAAGUUUGGACUCUGCUGGCAUUGCCGCUUUAUUCAGCCGACCACCUACUCUGAGGAUUCCAACCGCCUUUGGCUCUCAGAGAAACUUUGGCCCAUUUAUCCAUCUCCUGCCUUUCAGGAAAUUCUCUGCCCUCAUUCCUCUUGAUGCAUCAUCUGCUGGAUUCUCCUUAGACCCAACGUAUCUCCACUGGUCAGCAUUUGCUGCUUCUCUGAUGAUGGAAACUCUGUUUGCCACAAAGGUGUGGAAUCGUCUGGUAUUAUUAUAGAUGUAUUUAAGAACAGUUGUGCUGUCAGUCCAGAAAACUGACUUCUCCAACUUAAGUUGCAACUCCUUUUGAAGCAUUUUAUCAACUCGAACUGCAAGAACCGCCGCUGUAAGUUCCAGUCGAGGAAUUGUUGUCUGCUUAAGUGGAGAAAUUCUGGCCUUUCCCAACAGAAAUGCAACCUGAACUCUGUCAUCCUUUUCCAGUCUCAAAUAAGACACUGUUCCAUAGCCAACUUGGCUGGCAUCAGAGAAGUGGUGAAGCUGUGCUGUGGCAGGGUCUCCAAAGUCUCUGGGUUUAAUACAGUGAUCCACCUUGAAUUCAGCCACCUUCUGGAGAUCCUCCAACCACUCAAACCACUUCUCAGAGAGGGAAAGAGGGAUAGCUUGAUCCCACCCCAAGCUUCUCCUACAAAGCUCCUGCAGCAACAACUUGGCUGGCAUGGUGAAUGGGGCCAAAAAUCCUAAAGGGUCAUAAAGUGAGCUGACCACUGACAAAAUGCCCCUUCUAGUCUGUGGCUGUUCCUGUGCUGAGGUCCUAAACUUGAAUUUGUCAGUUUCAAUGCACCACUGUAACCCCAGUGCCCGCUCCAUUGGAAGUUGGUCCACACCCAAAUCCAGCUCCAUCACUUCUUUUGCUCUGCAGUCUUCAGCAAUUGACAGCAGUACUGUUCGACUGUUGCUGAUCCACUUGGAAAGAUUAAAUCCUCCUUUGUGACAAAGUGCAGUCACAUCCUUGACCAUUUGCACUGCCUCCUCCUCUGAGGCCACUGAUUUCAAGCAGUCAUCAACAUAAAAAUUACAUUUGACUGUAUUAACUGCUUCAUGAGGGAAAUGUUGGGCAUUGUCAUCUGCAGUUCUCUUCAAUGCAUAAUUUGUGCAGCUUGGUGAUGACACAGCUCCAAACAAAUGUACUUUCAUGCGAUGGUCCAGGGGAGCCUGUGAAGUGUCUCCACCAGGCCACUAGAGAAAGCGGAGAAAGUUGAUGUGCCUUUCAGAAACAUGAACUUGGUGAUACAUUGCUUGGAUGUCAGCCAUUACUGCAACAGGCUCUUGGCUAAAUCGAACAAGGACUCCAAUUAGAGUGCUGGUCAAAUCAGGGCCCUGCAAAAGCUGACAGUUCAGUGAUGUCCCUUUAUAUGCUGCUCCACAGUCAAAAACAACUCGCAGCUUGCCUUUUCUGGGAUGAUAAACCCCAUGAUGAGGGAUAUACCACACUUUUCCAUCACUCUGCUUUAGUUGAUCAGAAGGCACCAGCUCAGCAUAUCCUUGAGCCACCAUGUUGUUUAAAAAUGUGAUGUAUUCUUUCUUAAAUUGACCAUUCUUGACAAAUUUUCUUCUCAGGCUCUGGAGGCGCUGUUCUGCAACAUGGCGAUUAUUUGGCAAGAGAGGGUUUUCCUGUCUGAAAGGUAAGUCAAUGCAGUAAUGACCUUCAGUUAACUUUGUGGUGUUGUUCAUAACUUCCAUAAACUUGACAUCCUCUCUGGACAUUUCUAACUGUUCGUCUGAUGACCUCUCAUUAAAGUCAUGGUUGAACUGUUUAACCAGCAUUUCCUGAAGAUAUUUAACAGAGAUCCGGUUGGAUGUUACAGCAGAGCAGUCACUCUUAUUCUUGUUGCUCUCACCAUGAAGUGGACCGUUAAUGACCCAGCCAACCCUGGUUCGAACAGCAUAAGGUCCCUCAUCCUGGCUGUUUAUCAGUUCCCAAGGCUCCAUCACCUUUGGUGCAUCAGUUCCAAUGAGCAGAUCAACACCUUCGUCAAUGUCGAAGUUGAACAUCCUUCAGAUAAGACCACUGAUCAAUGUCCUCUUGUUGUGGUGUAUUGAGUGUGGAGACAGGCAUGUCCUUUUGAGUCAAAACAUCAGGUAACUCAAUAAAGUCAUUCAUAUCCACACCAGACACCUCAAGACCUGACAGCACAUGAGCAUUUACAAUCUUCUUUUGACCCAUUGUUCUCAACAGAAUGCUUGUCCUUUUACCUCUCAAGUUCAAUUUUCUUGCCAAGUUCUCUGUACAAAAUGUUCCUGAACUCCCAGGAUCCAAAAAGGCAUAUGUCUGCACAGUUUUGUUACUCCUCUGACUCUUGACUGCAACAAUAGAAAAAAUGGAGGCAUCUUCAUGACCGGCCCCAAUAUGGCCACAGGUCUGAAACAUUGCAGGUGAAACACUUGAAGAGCCCACAGACUGUUGAUCAGAGGUUGUUCCUUUAUCCUGCCGCUCUAUAUGAAGGACACUUGGGUGCUUUUGGUGACACACGUUGCAAUUCAAACGACUCCUGCAGUCUUUGCUUGUGUGGCCUACUUUCAGGCAACCAAAACAGAUUCCUUUUUCUUUAAUGAAAUUAAUCUUGUCCCUGUGUACUUUCAUUUUGAACUGUGAGCAUUGAUCCAGUGAAUGAUCAACUUGUGAACAGAACAGGCAGUUGAGAGUGGAGGACUUGGUCCUGUUUCCUGUAUGUUGAGUUAUGACUCCUUCCUUUACUGCAGUGACAUUGGUGGCAAAGCUGCUCCCCCUUUUCCUUUGUUUGAAGUGACUAGCAGUGGAAGCUUUGAGGUUAGUGAGCAGUGGGUCUUGAAUGUUGCCAAAAACUGGAUCUGAAGCAAUUUUGACUUGUCUUUCAAUAAAACCAACAAGAUCAGUGAACAUUGCUCUCUUACCCCUUCGUUCUUGCAGAUCACAAGCAACAUUUCUCCAUUUUCCCCUUAAUUUAUAAGGAAGUUUCAAAAUGAUUCUCCUCAUGUUCGAUGGUAAGUCCAGUUCUUUCAUGUGCAUCAGUUGCUCUGUUAAGUUUGAACAUCCACGAAGAAACAAGGAGAAUGAUUGCAACCCUUUAAUGUCCUCACUUUUAACAGGUGUCCAGUUAAGUAUCUUUUCCAUGUAUGCAGCAGCAAUUUUGUGUUCAUUUCCAAAGUGCUCUGCAAGAAGAGUUUUGGCCCGGUGGUAUCCCUGCUCUGAAGGUAAAUGUUGACAACUGUGCACCAGGGGCCUGUUGCACAAAAGUAGGAUUAAGACAUCCAGGAUAGGUUAUUGAGCCUGGCUCAACCAAUCCAAAACAACAGAGUUCAGGCUUAAUUGGUUGCACAAACGCCAAGCCAGGAUAAGUAGACACGGAUUCAUCAAGCCAGGUGAAACCAAUCCUGGAUAAGUGAGAGACAGCAAGCUCCAAUUGUGGCAGUGGCAGCAAGCAGUGGCACUUCCUGUGGCAGCAUAAUUCUGCCGUGGCAUUUGCCACAGUCUGUGGCAGCUGCCACAGCAUUUGCCGCUGUCCUGGCAGCUGCCUAGGCAUGUGCCGCUGUCUGUGGCAGCUGCCACGGCAUUUGCCAGUAUCUGUGGCAGCUGCCACGGCAUUUGCCGCUGUCCUGGCAGCUGCCACGACAUUUGCUGCUGUCUGAGGCAGCUUCCACGGGCGUGCUGCGGCAAAUGGGCCAGUAGCCACAGCAAAUGCUGGUCAUGAGUGUUUUUCAAUGAUACAUUUAGUGAUAUGAUUGGGCUGCGGGAUUAAUUAAUGAGUAAUGCUGCCAUGAAUUAGUGUGUAUAUAAUAGCAUUAAUUAAGCUUGUUGUUUACGUGCUGUGUACUGAUUUUUAAAAAUAUGACCAGUAUAAUAUACAUGAAAGUACAUGAUUUGUUUCCGCCUAUGGCCUGAAAAAAAAAAAUAAACAAAAAAUGACAAUGAAUCUCAAUUGAAUCUGCCAGGGCAAGUGCAGGUCCUGAGUGUUUUUCCCCUAUUCAGUGAUGCGAUUAGGCUGCAGGAUUAAUUUAUGAUCAACGCUGCCACACGCACACACACACACACAUCUAUAUCUAUAUCUAUAUAUAAAUUAAUCCCGCCAUACACUCUGUUUUUCAUACCUUGAUUAGUUUCCAAGAAAUAAACUGUGUCUCUGAGAUGUUUUUUUAAAAUGUGAUCCUUGUUUGCCAGUUCUGGUGGGCGUUGAUUCUCCACUUGAUGCCCUCCAGGGUUGCCAGGUAUGGGGAGCAAUUAAAAUAUUGAAGCCUCAAACCCGAAAUGUGUCAAUAAAUCUGGCUUUGUCAUUAAAACCGUAUCCGGAAACUUUGUUGAAACAAAUUAAUCUAAAUUUCAAAGGAUGCAUUUCUGACAGAUUAUCACUUCUGUACUUACCUUGCCUUUUAUCCUCCUUACUUGCCAACUUUGUCCCUUAAAUAAUAACAAAACAUGGGCAAGGUUCGCAAAAAUUCGACAUAUUGUCUGACUGCACACACAUAAUAUAUGUAGGAGCCGAACUGUGUCACUGGUGGAUUAUUCGUCUCUUGAUUUGCUUGGUCUGGUUGCCACGGUGAUGCACAGGGCUUGGGUCACGUGGGCACUGGGGAUGAUUGCCGUAGGUGAUGU